CACGGCCGCCCCGCGCCGCACAUGCGCCUAGGGCGCCGCGAGCCCCGGGCCCACCGCGAGCUGCGGGCGGGGCGGGCGGGGUGGAGGCGGCCCAAUCCCCGCGCGGGCGCCGCACCCCGCCCGAGGCGCGCUCCCUGCCGGCGGGACGACCCGCCGCGCCCGGGGGUCCAAGAAACUACAAGUCCCGAAAGGCAUGACGGGGAGGUGGUGCCCAGGGCUUGGCGUCCCGGGCCCCGCCGCGGCGCUAUGCAUUGUGGGAGUUGUAGUCCACUCGAUGGCGCCGGAGCGUGCAGCCGGUUGCUAGGUGACGACGCCAAGCAGACGCGGCGUCCUGCCUACGAGGAGCUGACAGACUACGACUGCCGACACCUUAGCCCCAGCUGGCCCAGGAAACUGCUGCGGUGGCAGGUGGCGGCGGCAGGAGGGCGCGGCUGCCCCGAGCGCCCGCCAGGCUCCUGCGCUGAGAAGAUGGCCUACUAUGGAAAAUGCAUUGAAACUGUGAUCGAGCAACUCGACAAAUUUACACCCAAGAGGGAUAACCCCGAGCAGUUCCUGGAGGCUGCGGCCACCUCCCUGCAGGCUCUGAGCCCCCAGAAGCAGAGCUUUGUUUUGGAGGUUCUGUCUGGGUGCCUCGAGUACCGGAAGCUGCUGACCGUUGUGGUGGAUGCCUUCUACGUGGAGGAUGGCCGACUCUGCCUGCGGGCUGACCACAGCCGCUUCGAGGUGAUCUGCUACCUAGCCACAUUCCUGCUGGAGGAACUCGGCUUCCAGCUGUUCUGUAACAUCAUCAAGUCCCAGCCCGUGGAUAAGAUGUGCAAGUUCCUCAGGUUCUUCUUCAACCCCCUGCACCUGUGCUCAUGGAUCAAGGACGAGUGGAGCCUCAUCUACGAGCCGGCCCACGUGAAGGAGAACUGGAUCGACCCCCUGAUGAAAUGGCAGCCAGAGGUCCAGGAGCUGAUCAACCACCUGAAGAGUGUGUCUGCCAGUCAAUCCUCUCCUUUAAAAACCAAGGCCAAGGUCACAGAGCCCAAGGAAUUCAACCUGACUGCCCCCAGGCCCCGCACCAUUCCAGCGCCCGAACCAGUCCCAGUCAUGGCCAAGCCAAGACCAGUCCCCCAGAGCACCUACCAGCCACCCAAGGAGCAGCAGCAGCUGGAGACGGUCAAGAGGUACAACCGCCGAAAGGCUGAGGAGCUGCUGCUGAGGGCAAACAUUGAGGAACUGCGCUGCGCCAUGCCCAGGUCCCGCAGGGAGCCAGUGCAGGGUUCCAAGCAGCAGCUGCAGCUUCAAUUCCCACCCCGAAUCCGAAAGACUCCGAAGCUGACCUUCUAUAGGCCCAACAACGUCCUGGUCAAGCUGAACACCACAGCCAUCCUGCGAGAAGGGGCCUUGUACCAGCGGCAGGUGGAGCAGGAGCUGCAGAGGGUUGAUAAGCUCGUGGACGGGGCUGGGGACUUCUCUGAGUUCUUCGAGUGGCAGAAGAAGAUGCAGGCGAAGGACCGGGAGGAGCAGCUGGCUGCAAGCGAGUGCCGGCGCUUGCAAGGGAAGCUUAGCCAUGAGGAGGCCGUCCUGGCCCGGCAGAGCCUGAUGCAGGAGAACAAGCAGAGGGUGGAGCAGCAGAAGGAGCAGAUGGCCAAGCUGAUGCUGCAGCGCGCAGAGAGACGGCUCCAGGAGGACAGGUCCAGGAAGGAGCUGGUGGAGCAGGUGAUAGAGGGGCAGAAGAACGCCAAGGCGGCCCAGACGAAGCUCGUGAAGGGCCGACAGCAGACAGUUCAGGAGGCAAUCGAGGAGAGUAGGGGGCUGCUGCAGCGCAGGGCGCAGGCGGCCCAGGAGGAGCACCGGCGCCGUCGUGAACUCAUCUCCCAGCUGCGCGCACUCGAGACGCAGCCCACGCGCAAGGGCAAGCUCGUGGACCUGACCCAGAUCCCUGGCUACGGCCUGGAAGGAGAGAUGUCCGUAGUGGAGCUGCGAGAGCGGCUGGCCCUGCUCAAAGAGAAUCAGCGGCGCAAGGAGGAAGAAAAGCGGGAUCAAAUCAUUCAGGGCAAGCGCAUGAAGAGCCAGGAACUGCAGAACACGGUGGAGCAGAUCUUGCUGUGCCGUGCAGCCAUGGGGAGAUCCACAGCCUUGAGGUGCGAGGAGAAGAAGGCCCUUGCGGCGGCCCCGGCGGCGCCCUCGCAGGACGACCGCGUGCAGCAGCUGCGGCGCAGGAUCUCGGAGAGGGCGGCCGAGCGCAGCAGGCAGGCGGCCUUGCUGCACAUGUCGGUGCCGCAGGCCGCGCGCCCCAAGCCCCGGCAUCAGAAGCAGCCUGGAUCCAACAAGAUCAGGGCCAAUGGAGGCAGGACUUCACCCAGGGCAGGGACCAAGAUGGAUUGGUUCUGCAGUGUCCCAGGACCCCGUGGGCUAGAGAAGGCUCCACCUUGAGGACAGGCUUGCUGAGUGAAUGCCUGCUGGUGACAGCCUCAAGAAGAAAGUACAUUAAGCCACCUUCUUCCCAGGAAAGAGAGAAAAGCGUCAAGUCCGUGGGUUGGUGAACAGAGCAGUAAGGGGUUGGGGAGUGGAAACUGACAGAUAAGAUAGAUGUCCAGGGGAGAUAUAUUUCCAUCCCCAACUCCCAAUAUCCUCCUUGGGCCUGCAGAGGAGAUGGCGCCUCAGAUGAGGAGGCUGAGUCCCAGGGUACACUUAGACCAGGAAGGCAGGCAUCUCAGCAGUGACAAGAACAGGCUAAAGGACCAGAGCCCUACUCCAAUAUUCUGAGUUUGUGAGAACCCCAGGAUUUUACCACCCAGGUGGGUAAGGAGAAGAAUUUCCACAUCUCUGUAGAAUUGCAGCUGGGAGCAGAUUAAAUUUCAUUUAAAGAAAUAAACAUUGGCCAGGCAAGGAGGCUCAAACCUGUAACCCCAGCACUUUGGGAGGCUGAGGCAGGUGGAUCACCUGAGGUCAGGAGUUUAAGACCAGCCUGGCCAACAUGGUGAAACCCCGUCGCUACUAAAAAUACAAAAAUUAGCUGGGCGUAGUGGCAGGCGCCUGUAAUCCCAGCUGCUAGGAAAGCUGACUCAAGAGAAUGGAAUCGCUUGAACCCAGGAGACGGAGGUUGCAGUGAGCUGAGAUCGCACCACUCCAGCCUGGUGACAAGAGCCAAACUCCAUCUCAAAAAAAAAAGAGAUAAACAUUGCUCACAUCCUGUGUUGUGUGAUCCAAACCCAUUUAAUUUGAUAUUGACGGAAUACAUUGAUGAUGCCUGGCCCAGAAAGCCCCUCUGAGCUCUGGGGGUUUCAAAGGGGGAUUUAUUAGCUCUCAUAAUGCCAAUCCAAAGGCAGCAGACUCCAGGAUGUACCCGAUCCAGAAGCUCAGUCUCCAGUCUGGUAGCAGUUCCAGCCUGAGGAACAAAGAACAGUUGCCCCAGUCUCAUUGGCCUGAAUUGAACAUGCUUGUGCUGAGCCAGUUCCUGCAGUGGGGGGAGGUCUGUAUGGGUGCCUGACGCAAGCACAGUGGCAAGGUGGGGGAAUUACCCUUCACCUAGGAGGUUGGCCUCUGGAGCAGAGGGGAGAUGUGGCAGCUAACAAAUUGAGGGUACUAUUGGCAACACUGUUGGUUGGCAGGUAACAAGGUCCUCCCCUGCCCCCUCCUGGACUGAGCAGCCGCUUAGAGCUAGCUUGAGAGCACCUGGGGCCUCUCCUCAUACAAACCUAGGUGGGAGCAGGCCUGGGACCAUUCCUUAAAGCUGUGGCCUGGGAGUAGGCAUUGUGUGAUGGAGUGAUGGCAAAAUGUCUGUGUAUCCCUGCCCCCUUGCCUUGUGACUUUACACCUCCCAUCAAGAGGUGGAGUCUAUUUCCCCCAGCCCUUGCAUCUGGUCUGGCCUAGUGACUUUCUUUGGCUAAUAGGGUGCAACAGAAGUGACCAUGUGCCAGUUCUGAGUCUGGGCCUCAGGUGGCCUUGGAGCUUCCACUUGUUCUCCUGGAACCUUACCCAGGCCCCAUGUGAGCAUGACUAGGGUGGCCUGCUGGGAUCAGACACCAUGUGGAGGACAGCCAGUUAUCUCAGAGGCCAUCCUAGACCAGUGUAGCACAAAAUGAGAGGGCGGCCGGACAAGAACCUCCCCCCACCCCGCUGUCUUGUAGAUUCAUGAGCAACAAUAAAUGUCUGUCGUUCAAAGUA